AUGACCGGAGAUUCCCACACGUCACGUGACCCGCUGCGCGUGCUGUCGUCAGCGGGCCUCGACCCAGUUGUUCAGUCCGGAGCUCGAGGAGGAGGAGAAGUGGGUCUCGCGUCCGUCUGCGGCCACACUGAAGAUUGUUGUAGCGGUGUGAUCAAGCCUCCACACCAUGUCCCAGGACAAGAGCGGCUACCCCAUCAUGGGUGAGAACAACCCACUUCAUAACAAUGUGUACGGGCCCCCUCAGCCGGGCUUUGGCAUGCCCCCUCCCAACUACAGCCAGGCCCCCGGGGGAGCGUACCCGCCGGCAGCAGGAUAUGGCCAGCCGGGCUUCCCCCAGGCCGGCCCGGGCUUCGCCCCCGGCCCCUACCCUCAGAUGCCUUACCCUCAGAUGCCCUAUCCACAGGGCCCCUACCCUCAAGGGCCUUACCAGCACGGACCCGGCCAGCCGGGCUUUCCUGGAGACCCCUCUGGUGGGCCUGCGGGUAGCCCUGGUUACCAUGGCGACGUGCCUCCAUCUUACUAUGACAAUGAAGAGUUCACAAACUCUGGCUUCGAGGACAAGUCCAUCCGCCAAGCCUUCAUCAGAAAAGUCUUCAUGGUUCUCACUGUGCAGCUGCUGGUCACCUUCUCCUUUGUCGCCGUCUUCACCUUUGUGGACGAUGCCAAGCUGUUUGUGCGGAGGAAUCCCUGGACGUACUACGUGUCCUACGCUGUCUUCUUUGUUUCUCUGAUCGUCCUGAGCUGCUGUGGAGACUUCCGCCGCAAGCACCCCUGGAAUCUGGUCGCUCUGUCCAUCCUGACCUUGAGCCUCUCCUACAUGGUCGGCAUGAUCGCCAGCUUCUAUGACACGGAGACGGUCAUCAUGGCCGUGGGCAUCACCGCGGUGGUCUGCUUCACCGUGGUCCUCUUCUCACUACAGAGCAAGUAUGACUUCACUUCGUGUCGGGGCGUGCUCUUUGUGUGCCUCAUCGUGCUGGUGCUCUUCUCCUUCCUCUGCAUCUUCAUCCGCCACAAGAUCCUGCACAUCGUCUACGCCUCGCUGGGGGCGCUGCUCUUCACCUGCUUCUUGGCUGUUGACACUCAGCUGCUGCUGGGAAACAAGAAGCUGGCCCUGAGUCCGGAGGAAUACAUAUUCGCCGCCCUCAACCUCUACACCGACAUCAUCAACAUCUUCCUCUACAUCCUGGCCAUCGUGGGCCGCUCCCGCGAAUGAGCCGCACCCCCACCUCCACAGCAGCCAGAUAGAGAAUGCCUCCCUUAUUGUGAAAUGUUUGCUGACCUGACCUUUCUCUUGACACGUUUCACCUUUUCCUGAUGUCACCCCAUUGAAACAGUUUAUCUCCCGUUCCACACACACACACACACACACACACACACACACACACACACACACACACACACAGGUCCGUUCCUUUUAACCAGGUAGCAGCGUUUUGAAAGAGAUGCACCCUGCCGUGAACUUCACAUGAGCAGGAACUAUUUAUUUAUGAUCAUUUUCGUCAUCACAAACAGACUUUAGCGGCCUGUUGUCAGUUUUCACCACUAUGCUCGCUCUAACUUUCCUCCGCUUCUACUAACACCGAUGGUUAUGGCUACAUUAUCUACUCCACAUUUUCCUGUUUGACAUUAUCCUACUGCUGCUUGGCGCUCGGUCGAGCAGGGGCUUUAACGGAGUACGAUUGGGGACGACGACACUCGAUACUGACGCAUACCAGCUUUUCCUGAGGAGAGGUCAGUGUUUAGACAUAACUUGGUCCCCCGCCUCCCGUCACGUCUGCGACCCUCCACCGUGUCUGUCCCCUUCGGCCUGCUGGUGUGAAGUUAACUCUGCAUGGCAUAAACUGGAAACACGACUAAAGAUGUGGUAUGACUUUGUGAAACUUACCAGAGGAAAACCUCUAGCUUGCUUGUCACGGCUGUAAAUAGUUCUGUGUAUUACUGUAUAUGAUGCCAGUAGCCCCACCCCC